UUGGUGUUCAUUAAAAAAAAGAAGAGAGGCUUUCCUGUUGAAGUGUACACAUCAUCUUCGGAUGAUAAGUGGAAAAAAACUGGCUUAAAGGCGGAUAUUCAGGAAGCAGAGACACAGGUCCUAAUAUUUUAAAACAUCUCGUCCUAUCCGACCGGAGUGACUUCAUGCUGCAUCACCACGAAGACGUUUGAAAGCCGGGUGUGGGGCCACUGAGAGUGGGAAAAAAUGCCUUCUUUCUCGUGGAGGGUUUGGACUGCACUUGUACACCUGUUUUUCCCCGGCGCAGUAAUUGCAGAAGAUCCCUCGUUGCUGAACAGCUGGCACGAUGUCUGGUUCUUCCGUUUCCUCGUCAACAUGCUGGGAUACGCCACCAUCAUCGUCCCGGGAUAUUUCCUCAUUAAUUACUUCAAACGCUCUAAUUACCUGGACAGAGGUGGUGGGCUUUGCUAUCCGCUCAUAAAGACCUGCGUGUUUGGCGGCGAGGACAAAAGCGGCCUGUUGGACGAUGUGUCCGUCUCAAGCAGGAACGAUCCUGAUUCAGGCUCAUCAGUCAAACAGGCUAUAAAGUUAAUGUUUUGCGCAGCUGGACUUCAGGCUUCUUAUCUGACGUGGGGAGUCCUCCAGGAGAGAGUGAUGACUCGCUCCUAUGGAGCCGUACCUCCAGACCACGACGGCGAGAAGUUCAAGGAUUCCCAGUUUUUAGUCUUCAUGAACCGCAUCCUGGCGCUGACCGUGUCUGGACUCUGUUGUGUGUUGUUCAAGCAGCCUCGCCACGGCGCGCCCAUGUACAAAUACUCUUUUGCUUCGCUCUCCAACAUCCUGAGCAGCUGGUGUCAAUACGAGGCCCUGAAGUUCAUCAGCUUCCCCACGCAAGUCCUGGCCAAGGCAUCCAAGGUCAUUCCCGUCAUGCUCAUGGGGAAGCUCAUUUCUCAUAAAAGCUACGAGUACUGGGAGUACUUCACCGCCGUGCUGAUCUCCGUCGGCGUCAGCAUGUUCCUGCUGUCCAGCACGACGAGCAAGCACCCGUCCACCGUCACCACAUUCAGCGGCGUCGUCAUCCUCGUCGGCUACAUCGUCUUCGACAGCUUCACGUCCAACUGGCAGGACAAUCUGUUCAAGUAUAAGAUGUCAUCCGUGCAGAUGAUGUUUGGGGUCAACCUGUUCUCCUGCCUCUUCACCGUCGGCUCGCUGCUGGAGCAGGGUGCCUUCUUUGAGUCGCUGGCCUUCAUGACGCGCCACUCUGAGUUUGCGUUCCACGCCGUGCUGCUGUCCGUGUGCUCAGCGUGCGGACAGCUCUUCAUCUUCUACACCAUCAACCAAUUUGGCGCUGCCGUCUUCACCAUCAUCAUGACGCUGCGCCAGGCCUUUGCCAUUCUUCUCUCCUGUUUUCUCUACGGCCACUCCGUCACCAUCGUCGGGGGCUUCGGCGUCGUCGUGGUUUUUAUCGCGCUUUUCCUGCGGGUUUACGCGCGCAGCCGUAUGAAAUCGAGCCGGCAGUCGUCACUGCCGCAGAAGGUGUAGCGCUCCGGAGGUGCACUAAACUACGAAGUACGACCACGUUUUCUGUGGUGCUGUUUGUCUUUCUGUUAGUUUUCAUUUCUUUUAUGCUUUUACUUUGGAUGGUUUGUUUUGCUUUUAUCGAUAUUGGUACAAAAAAGGGAGUUUUGACUGUCACAGAUGCCCCUAAGGGGCCAACACAGUCAGCGGCUUCGAGUGCCUAUAUAAUUUUCUGACAUUUUAAACUCCAAACAGCCUCUGAAGCUCUAUCCCUCUUGACUUAUGUGUUUGUUUUUCACUUUUAACCACCAUAUGUGGCUUUGCAGCCAAUUAAGGUAACUGUAUGCCUCAGCAUUAAUCAAAUGUCUUAUCCAAAAUGCUUUAUUUAUCUCUGGGUUACACAAAUACCAUAUAAACAGUUUCAUGCUGAGAAUAAACCUCUGCAUUUUUAUGUAAAAUGUUAUAUUUUAAAACUGGAAUCCCAGUUUUUUAAACACAUUAGAUGCAUUUCUGUUAACUUCUCCAAUAUUUCAGCAGCUUCUGUUACUAUGUUUCAGGGGACAUGACAAAUGGACUGUAAAAAGUACAUAAUUUUAUUUAAACAUCAUAGCACCGAUUGGAUUUUUAUUUUUAGUUUUAUUUUUAGUUUGGUUUUAAGUUUAAAACAUUUGGUUGAGAAAACAAAAAAACAUGUAAAUAUGUCCUUAUAAAUAUUUUCUUUCCAAUGAGCUUGUCUGUUUUUUUUUUCUUUUCUAAAUGACUGACUGGUUUGUUUUUAUGUGAAUAUUUGGAUGAACACUGUCACAAAGAUGUGAGGUUACUGUAGUUUUCAGGCCAGAAUGCACACAAGGGAAAUGCAAUUUUACUGGUACUUGGUUUUUAUCAUUCUACUACUUUUCUUUGGUAAAUGGAUUAAUAAUAAAACCUGUUAAAUUAUGUGA